CUUGAUCUCGCUUCGUUACUCUUUAAUGGAUGUUGGCAGUUUUUUGUUGUAAAAUUUUUGACUUGUAGUAGUUGUAUGUUCCUUCGAUUUGAAGUAAAGUAAUAAACCGUUUCGUGGAAGAAUUCUAGUUCUUGAAAGCUAAAAAAGAUUCAGUGAGGUGUUUCGUCUACAUUCAUGGCGCAUUUUCGUCAUCCGUCCUCGUUCUAAAAGGCUACUCUAUCCCUCCCUUUUCAAAGUACCAUUCAUUUCCCUUCCGCGACAAAGCUGUUCAAAUUUCUCCGCCGGACCCGGAAAACACCCAGCACCACCCACCAGCACCACCCACCAGCACCACCCACCAGCACCACCCACCAGCACCACCCACCAGCACCACCCACCAGCACCACCCACCAGCACCACUCACCACCAGUACCACCCACCAGCACCACAACUCGGAAGCCAUCUACUUUUUUUGCAUCAAGGGGCGCAACGGCUAUACGCGGAUGUAAUCCUUCGUCAAAAGAAAGAUCUCUUCACGACACAAUAGGGCUGGUUUUGGCUACUGUUACCGUAGGCGACACAAAAAGAGGUGGGAAGAUUGUUCGGGUCCAUACUGGCUUUUGUCACGCAAGAAGAGGUGUGAAUGGAUACGACCGAUGAACGCAAAGAAACGGCGUUAUGUACAUUAGUGAAACCCCUGCUUCCCCCUACUAGUCUCGCUUGGGGAGAAAUACAACAUGACCAUUUACUAGAACCGGAAGAAGUAUGAGCAACAAAUAUGCGACGGUGAGAAGAACACGCAUAAGAAACCGAAGAGAUAAGGAGACGAGCAUAACAAACCUAAGAGCAACCACACCCAAGGCUAAGAAGAAGAGAAGAGGGAAACGGCCUCAAGCAACGUCUUGCAGGAGUUGAUAAUGUCUGCAUCAUCGGAGACCGCCGUAAGCUUCACCAUGGUCAAGGAAGCUUUUGUUGCACACUAUGACUUAGAGCGAAGAAAGUUCAAAGGCUCUACAGUCAGUGGACGAAAUGCAGCACGCAGACUUCUAUACGACGCAAUACAAGACUGGUAUUGAAAAUCUUAUCCGAACAAGAAUGUAAGAGCUAUGAGGGAAAUAUGUUUGCUGAUUUCAUCUAGUUCUAGGUUGAUAAAAAGCUUUUGGACUGCUCGUUGUUUUUUUUUGUAGAACCAUUUGAGGCCCCUUGAAGAUUGAAGUGAUAUAGAGAUAUUGAUUACGAUAUAUUUUUUUGAAGUUUCAAACCGAAUAUAGUUCCGAAGCCGAGCUCGCGGAACUGAAGGCGAAGUACGAGUUCGAAGAUGUAGUAAAGUUUUUGCGGUGUGAGGCGUACCAGCGCGCGUGGUAUUCUCCGAAAAAAUGGUACGACUAUGCUCGCACGGUUUUCAUGGGACUCGCAAUCGGGUUCGCGGGUGUCAUUCCGUUUUUUGUCAUAAUGGUGUUGUCCCGCUUGAUCGCGGCCCCUUUGCAACGGUGUCUGUGUCGGCGAAGACCUGUGGAUAUGGGGCACUACUGGCGAGUACAAUCCUUUCUCGCGGAGGCAAUCGCCAAUCUCUUCGGGAUAUGCGUGGAAGUAGUCGGGCAAGAAAACAUGAAGCCAGUCCAACAAAAUCCACAGAAAUACAUCGGUACCUGCAUGAGUUCUUGGAAAACACAUUAAGAAAUAUUCUGGAUGUGAAUAUUUCCUUCUUAUCCUCAUCGUUCUUUUUGUUCCUAGUUAGGCAGCUCUUCCCAGUUUUAUUGUGGAUAUGCCUUUCAAUGCCGGGCUAGUAAGAGGUAAAGACAAGAAGAGUCGUGAUCUCUUCAACUAGAAGAAACAGGCGGAUCAUGUUGAUAUCGGCAUCACAUAUAACGUUGGUGGAGUAACAAUAAGCAGGUAUCCUCUCACAAUCAUCAUAGAGUAACAAUAACCAGGUAUGUUCUCGCACAUGUCAAACGCGGACCCUUUCGUGAUAAUGCAUGCGCUGCGGCAAAAUUUUUUGUGGACCUUCAAGAAGGAGUUGGUGUACGUCCCCUCGUUUGCGUUGAUUACAUAUGCCCUAGAGAUGGAAGACGGACUAAUGCCUCGGUGGAACCGGCAACAGGCCAUAGAAACUUGCAACCGACUUGCGGCCAGUGAGCGACCCCCAAUGGUAGCUCCGGAAGGCAGCCGUUCACGGACGGGAUUGAUAUUACCAGAACUGAAGAAAGGAAUCUUUCAUGUGCAACAGCAACGGAAGGCGAUGAUACUGCCCAUUGUGAUGAUAGGGGCUUAUGAACUAUGGCCGCCGGGAGGCGUCUGUCGAAUGGCAACGUACUUAAUCAAAUUUCUUUUCUUUUGAUCUUUAUUCCUGAUUCCUUUUUGCACUCUACUAAGAAGUAAAUUAAAUUUUCUUUUUGUACUCUUAGGAGUUAGCAGAGAUCGACAACACGUCCCUCUCUCUCAUGAAUAUUUUUAGAAGAUGGCUACCCCUAUUCUACCAAAAGAUUUUGAUCCGAGAAUUGUCACUUCGAUGGUCAUAGAAGGUACGCUUGAAUUAACAUGUAGGUUGAAUCCUGCUCAGGUGUAAAGUCUCGAUUUUGCCAGCCAUGGAAGUGCCAGAGGACGAGCCACAGGAGCGCACGAGGGAAAGGCUACGGCGACUCUACAUCAAAGAGAGCGCGAAAGACUGGGGUGACCUCGAUAGAAUCUCCCCAGUGUUUUUAUUCAAAUUAUGGUCGGUUUUUAUUCAUCUCCCUCAACAUCCUGCCGACCUAGCAUCCUUUCCUUUUAUUCAGUUCCCAUGAAAUACAGGAGGAAAGGGGUCGAGGAGAUGAGUAAAAGUCGACUCUAAUCAAACAUGUUUUCUUUUGGCUUCCGUUUUGGGGCUUUUGCUUUUACCUCAUCUACUACACCGCAGCCAUCGUAGCAGCAUUCGUUUUGGGAGGGCUUCGAUAGAGUUUAUACCGUACUGAUUGGGGAUAUCGAGAUAAUCUUGUGGACGAGGUUGUGGGGAGUUGCUUUGAGUUUUUGGAACGAUUGAAGAGCUUUUGAAAAAGAACACAUGACAAACGGCGCGAUCUGGUGGUGAGAACAUCCUCACUUACAAAAGCCGAAGACGAAUACGUGAAGCAUCAUCUUCGUGCUGGCCGAAGUCAUUGGAGUAGCUUCCUGUGAUUCUUUCAGAAGGAACAUCAAAUAUUUUUCACUUACUCAAAGAACUGGACCCACAACCCAACUCAGGCCUCCACACACUGCGCACACAACCCAAGCCCACCUCCACUCGACGCAACAUCUUUAUUCUCCCAAUUACUCGGACACAAUGAUAUUGUAGCAAGUAGUGCGCGUUCAUAUUGGAGCACCUCUUGUGUGGUUGCCU